AUGUCCAGCGCGUUGUUCCCAUCGCAGCUUCCCGCUCACCUCCUUUACCACCACGACUCCAAGAGACACGAUUCUGACUACAAUCACCCAUGCAGAUUCCAACCGCGGUCACAGCCUGCGCUUAGACGGCGGAGACAACUAAUCCAGCGCCUGCUCUUAGCUGCCUCGCUCUUCUUCACCGGUCUUUUCUUCUUUUUCCCCAAUCUGCGGCCAAACCUGGGCUCGGGUCCGAUUAGCUUCCUCACGUCGAGUGAAGACUCGCAGCUUGAGACGGUCCGAUACUACGAUCUGAACAAUGUGCAGGGCACCGCGCGGGGGUGGGAGCGCGAGGAGCGCAUACUCAUUUGCGCCCCAUUGCGCGACGCCUCACCCCACCUGAACAUGUUCUUCAGUCAUCUGAAGAAUCUCACCUACCCGCACAACCUCAUCGACCUCGCUUUCCUCGUCGGAGACUCCAAGGACAACACCAUCUCUCUUUUGACGGAGAAAUUAGAGGAACUACAGGCCAAUCCUGACAGGAGACAACAGUUUGGUGAAAUCUCCGUCAUGGAAAAGGAUUUUGGACAAAAGGUCAAUCAAGACGUUGAGAGUCGACAUGGCUUCGCGGCGCAAGCCAGUCGUCGUAAGUCCAUGGCUCAGGCGCGCAACUGGCUCCUCAGUGCUGCUCUGCGACCGACACAUAGUUGGGUGUAUUGGCGCGACGUCGAUGUCGAGACUGCACCUUUCACCAUUCUCGAGGAUCUUAUGCGCCACAACAAGGAUGUCAUUGUACCAAAUGUCUGGCGACCCCUACCUGAUUGGCUUGGCGGCGAGCAGCCAUACGAUCUCAACUCCUGGCAAGAAUCAGAUACUGCUCUUGCCCUCGCAGAUACAUUGGAUGAAGAUGCCGUCAUCGUUGAGGGAUAUGCAGAGUACGCGACGUGGCGCCCACAUUUGGCUUAUCUACGCGAUCCGUACGGUGACCCAGACAUGGAGAUGGAGAUUGACGGUGUCGGCGGUGUCAGUAUUCUGGCCAAGGCCAAAGUGUUUCGAUCUGGCGUCCACUUUCCCGCUUUCAGUUUUGAGAAGCAUGCGGAGACCGAGGGCUUCGGUAAAAUGGCCAAGCGCAUGAAGUUCUCGGUCGUCGGACUCCCGCAUUACACGAUUUGGCAUUUGUAUGAACCCAGUGUUGAUGAUAUCCGACACAUGGAGGAAAUGGAGAAGGAGCGCAAGGCAAAAGAAGCGGAAGAGGAAGCGAAGAAGGCCAAGGAAAAGAAGCUCAAGGAUGCUUUCGAUGAAAAGAAGAGUGACUGGGAGAAGGACAAGGCUACCGUUCAGGCGCUAGUCCAACAAGCAAAGAACGAAGAAAAGGAGAAAGCAGAGAAGGGCAAGGGGGGGCCAAAGCCGGCGGCAGGCAUACCGCCAAAGAAGGAAGAGAAGUCGUAG